UUAAUAUUACUUCCUUGCAUCAAGAUUCAAGAUCAGCCAUGAUGCUCUUACUUCACUCCAUUGACAUUCAAUUAAACAAAUAAACCAAACCCUAACACUCACUCUUCACUCACCACUACCUUCUUCUUCUUCUUCUUCUUCUUCUUCUUCUUCUUCUUCUUCUUCUUCUUCUUCUUCUUCUUCUUCUUCUUCUUCUAUGGCUUUCAGGUUCAACACUGACCGUUAGAUCACUGAUCACCGCAAUGUAAAUGAAUGAGUGAGUGCAUUGACGUGUAUGUGAAUCAAGUCAAGUAGUUUAUGUGAGUGAAAAACUGCUGGCUACUUUGAUCAGAGUGAGUGGUCAUUGAUCUUGUAAGCUAUUGGAGUUGGGAUUGGUUGGUUAAAAUGAGAUUGUUGGAGUUUGGGUGUGUGUUGGUUGUUGUAUCUGCACUUCUGAUUUCUGGGGAUGCUGAGAUUUACAUAGUAACUGUUGAAGGUGAGCCUAUCAUAAGUUACACUGGAGGUAUUAGUGGGUUUGAAGCUACUGCAGUGGAAUCUGAUGAUAAGAUUGAUACCGAAAGUGAAUUGGUUACUUCAUAUGCUCGCCAUCUUGAGAAAAAACAUGACAUGCUUCUUGGUUUGCUGUUUGAGGAAGGGACAUACCAGAAACUCUAUAGCUAUCGACAUCUUAUAAAUGGGUUUGCUGUUCAUAUUUCACCGGAACAGGCAGAAACUCUAAGACGUGCUCCGGGAGUGAAAUCUGUUGAGAGGGACUGGAAAGUGAGGAAACAUACAACACAUACCCCACAAUUUUUAGGGCUUCCAACUGGGGUUUGGCCAACUGGAGGUGGCUUUGAUAGGGCUGGAGAAGACAUUGUCAUUGGAUUUGUGGACUCAGGGAUCUAUCCUCAUCACCCAAGUUUUGCAACUCAUAAUGCUGAGCCAUAUGGGCCAGUUCCAAAAUAUAGAGGAAAAUGUGAAGCUGAUCCGGAUACUAAAAGAAGUUACUGCAACGGCAAGAUUGUUGGAGCACAACAUUUUGCUCAGGCUGCAAUAGCUGCUGGGGCAUUUAACCCUAUAAUUGAUUUUGCGUCUCCUCUAGAUGGUGAUGGGCAUGGAAGUCAUACGGCCUCUAUUGCAGCUGGAAAUAAUGGAAUUCCUGUGAGAAUGCAUGGACAUGAAUUUGGGAGAGCCAGCGGGAUGGCACCUCGUGCUAGGAUUGCUGUGUACAAGGCACUUUAUAGACUGUUUGGAGGGUAUAUUGCAGAUGUAGUUGCUGCAAUUGAUCAGGCUGUAUAUGAUGGAGUGGAUAUACUCAGCCUUUCAGUUGGACCCAACAGUCCUCCAGCAGCCACCAGAACUACCUUUUUGAACCCUUUUGAUGCUACACUUCUUGGAGCUGUGAAAGCUGGUGUAUUUGUUGCACAGGCUGCUGGAAAUGGUGGUCCUUUUCCGAAGACAAUGGUUUCAUAUAGUCCAUGGAUAGCAUCGGUAGCAGCUGCAAUUGAUGAUCGUAGAUAUAAAAAUCAUUUGAUGCUUGGAAAUGGAAAAAUCUUAGCUGGAAUUGGGUUGUCACCUUCCACACAUUUGAACGAAACAUACACAUUGGUUGCUGCAAAUGAUGUGUUGCUAGAUUCUUCAGUUAUGAGGUACAGCCCCACAGAUUGCCAGAGACCAGAACUUUUAAACAAGAACUUGAUAAAGGGAAAUAUUCUUCUCUGUGGUUAUUCCUUCAAUUUUGUUGUUGGCACUGCAUCAAUCAAGAAAGUCUCAGAAACAGCAAAAGCCCUUGGUGCAGUUGGGUUUGUUCUUUGUGUUGAAAAUGUUUCCCCAGGAACAAAAUUUGAUCCAGUCCCUGUCGGCCUUCCUGGGAUUCUUAUCACCGAUGCCAGCUAUUCUAAGGAGCUUAUAAAUUAUUAUAAUAUCACUACACCAAGAGAUUGGACUGGACGGGUAAAGAGGUUUGAAGGUACAGGUAAAAUUGGUGAUGGUUUAAUGCCUAUUCUGCAUAAAUCUGCACCACAGGUGGCAUUAUUCUCUGCAAGAGGACCAAAUAUAAAGGAUUUCAGUUUCCAAGAGGCAGAUCUUCUCAAACCAGAUAUAUUAGCUCCUGGUUCAUUGAUUUGGGCUGCUUGGUGUCCAAAUGGAACUGAUGAGCCAAAUUAUGUCGGUGAGGGGUUUGCCAUGAUCUCUGGAACUAGUAUGUCUGCACCACAUAUAGCUGGAAUAGCUGCUCUUAUAAAGCAGAAGCAUCCUCAUUGGAGCCCUGCUGCCAUUAAAUCAGCCUUGAUGACAACAUCAACAACUCUAGACAGAGCAGGGAAUCCUCUUCUAGCCCAGCAAACAUCUGAAUCAGAAGCUCUGAAGCUGGUCAAAGCUACUCCUUUUGAUUAUGGGAGUGGACAUGUUGAUCCGACAGCUGCCUUGGAUCCUGGACUCAUCUUUGAUGCAGGAUACGAGGACUAUCUGGGCUUCUUGUGUACAACACCGGGCAUUGACAUUCAUGAGAUAAGGAACUACACUCACACACCAUGUAACACCACCAUGGGCAAGCCAUCAAAUUUAAACACCCCUUCUAUCACAAUUUCCCAUCUGGUGAGAACUCAAGUUGUCACACGCACGGUCACAAAUGUCGCUGAAGAAGAAACCUAUGUGAUCACAGCCAGAAUGGAGCCGGCUGUUGCCAUUGAAGUCAAUCCUCCGGCAAUGACUAUCAAAGCAGGUGCAUCACGACAGUUUUCAGUGACACUGACAGUUCGGUCAGUGAGAGGAACCUAUAGUUUUGGAGAGGUUUUGAUGAAAGGGAACAGAGGGCACAAGGUGAGGAUUCCUGUUCUGGCCAAUGGAUACCGAAGAUAGAUGUCAUAGCUUAGUUUGGUCAGCAAAGGAAAGCAGUGUUGCUUGUAAUAUUCUUUGUAACUUGUGGGGAAUAAGGUACGGCGCUACAUUUAUUCGUCUAAAUUAUAUAUAUAAUAUUAAAUCAUGAAUAGGUGUAAUGUAAUGUAAAGGUAAGCAGGUGUAAGGGGUGACUCCUAGUUUCUUCCACAUAUAAAGUUUUGCUUAUGUGGUCUAGUAAUUUGUUGUAAUGCUUCAUCAUAAGUUUUUCCCUGUAUCUGUCUCAUUCCCCAGAAGUAUCUUGCUUACUGCAUGUGUAAUACAUGAAAUAAUUAGUAGUAUAACAUAAAGUAUCAAUGGCACAGCGUAAAUUUUACCAAAGCUGUUGGCAAGUUCAA